AUUCCAUAAAUAUUGUGGGAUUGUCCAGAGAGUAACCUCAGCCUACCACCCACAAGCAAAUGGUUUGGUUGAGCGAGUUAACAGAACAAUCCAGAACCGAAUAGCAAAAUCGGUUUUGGAUAUCCCAACUGACUGGCCAGAUGCUUUGGUAGGGGUGUGUGGCACCUACAAUUCUUGCAUACACUCUUCUACGGGAUUUUCGCCCUAUGAACUGAUGUAUGGUCAGAAACUACGACGCCCUCUUACAUUACAAAACAAAAUUGAGGAUGUAUUAGCCUUAGCAGAGGUUAUGGCAAAAAUAACAAUUGAUCAUUGUUUAAAAGAAGAGUUAGAAAUUAAAAUGGCUCAUCUUAAAAAAAUAACGGAACUGGCUAUACAAAAUAUUGGUAUAGCCCAGCUUAAACAAAAAAAGGAUUACGAAAAAAGAUCAAAUGGUUCUAAAUCUUUUAUUUUGGGACAAAAGGUUCUUGCUUGGAACCAUAAAUGGUUAGAUAGGAAAGGGGGGAAAAUGUUGAACCCCUGGAUAGGCCCUUAUUUGAUCAAUAAAAUAUUUGAUAAGGGUGUAUAUGAAUUAAUAACCACGAAUAAUCUCAUAUUAAAAACAAAAUAUAAUUUAUCCAAUUUAAAAGAAUUUAUUGUAAGAAACAAUGAAUAUCCAGAUGAAAAUGAUAGUAGUUCCCAAAAUGGCCUUUAUGAUGAAAUUAUUCCACUUGCUACGGAGUUUGUUGAUCCAAACUCUUCCAGAGAUAGUAGUUCCCAAAAUGGCCUUUAUGAUAAAAUUAUUCCACUUGCUACGGAGUUUGUUGAUCUAAACUCUCCUAGAGGUAUUGUAUUUAGGAUAUAUAUUUGA